GUGAUAGACAAAAUGUCAAUAGAAUAAGUGACCUACCCACCAGAACUUGCCAUGAACCAUUUGGUUGGACCGCCUGAGGGGGAGGUAAGUGAAGAACCAGCAAAUGGAGCAGUGAACGAGUCAGUGGAGGCUGACCUGGAGCACUCAGAGUUGGAAGAGGAACAGCGGUAUGCAACUCGCUACCCAAGGCACACAAACAGCAGCCAAGGGGGCCUGUCUGGGCAGGAGGAGGAAGGGAUGUUAGCUCGGUCAGCCAGCACUGAGAGUGGUUUCCACAAUCACACGGAUACUGCAGAAGGGGAUGUGAUAGCCACGGUGGAGGACAGUUACGACACGGAGAGAGUUCAGGAGAAUGAGGAUGAGAGCGCAUAUGCAGUGCAGUACAGGCCUGAGUCUGAGGAGUACACAGAGAAUGCCGAGGCUGAGCAUGGCGAGGCCAUUCAUAAUCGAACAUUGCCCAAUCACUUACAUUUCCAUUCCAUCGAACACGAGGAAGCCAUGAAUGCAGCUUACUCGGGUUAUGUCUACACACAUAGGCUCUUCCACCGAGGAGAGGAUGAACAGUAUGCUGAGCCUUACGCUGACUAUGGACUGCAGGAGCACGUGUAUGAGGAGAUAGGAGACACACCAGACCUCGAUGUUAGGGAGGGGAUCCAACAGUAUGAGCGGGAAAGGGAGGAAGCUGACAAUUACCGCAAGGAGGCACUUGGUGCCCGCCUUCACCAUUAUGAUGAACGGUCUGAUGGAGAGUCUGACAGCCCUGAGAAGGAGGCAGAGUUUGCGCCCUAUCCAAGAAUGGAUAGUUACGAACAAGAGGAGGACAUUGAUCAGAUUGUAGCAGAGGUGAAGCAGAGCAUGAGCUCCCAGAGCUUAGACAAGGCAGCUGAAGACAUGCCAGAGGCGGAGCAGAGUGUGGAGCAUGGUCAUAGUCUUGCUGGUGGUGGGCAUGAAAGUAAUGGCCAGCUCCCAGCUGGUUCUCGAGUUACAUCCAGCUCGGGAGAAUCUGUACAGAGGUACAGCAAGGAAAAGAGAGAUGCAAUUUCACUGGCCAUCAAGGAUAUUAAAGAGGCUAUUGAGGAAGUGAAGACAAGGACUAUCCGUUCUCCUUAUACCCCCGAUGAACCUAAGGAGCCUAUCUGGGUGAUGAGGCAAGACAUCAGUCCAACCCGGGACUCUGACGACCAGAGGCCACUAGAUGGAGAUUCUCCAUCUCCAGAUUCCUCGUCCCCUCGGGGUGCUGAAUCGUCAAGUAGGCAACAUCACCAGGAUGUCUGCAGUACAGCAGAGGCCUCCACUAAUAAAGAGUCCAGAAAAAGCUUGGCUUCAUUUCCAACCUAUGUUGAAGUUCCUGGACCUUGCGAUCCUGAAGACUUAAUCGAUGGAAUCAUUUUUGCUGCCAAUUACCUUGGCUCAACUCAACUCCUUUCUGAUAAAACUCCUUCCAAGAAUGUGAGAAUGAUGCAAGCUCAGGAAGCUGUCAGCAGGAUCAAGGCUCCAGAAGGUGAAUCUCAACCCAUGACUGAAGUGGACCUCUUCAUUUCUACACAGAGAAUAAAAGUACUGAAUGCAGACACACAGGAAACCAUGAUGGAUCAUCCCCUGCGGACCAUUUCUUACAUUGCAGAUAUAGGAAAUAUAGUUGUGUUGAUGGCUCGUAGGCGAAUGCCACGGUCUAACUCCCAGGACAAUGUGGAAGCAUCUCACCCUUCCCAAGACGGAAAGAGGCAGUACAAAAUGAUUUGCCAUGUCUUUGAGUCUGAGGAUGCACAGCUUAUUGCCCAGUCCAUAGGUCAAGCAUUUAGUGUGGCCUACCAGGAAUUUCUGAGGGCAAACGGAAUCAACCCAGAAGACCUUAGCCAGAAGGAAUAUAGUGACUUGCUCAAUACCCAGGACAUGUACAACGAUGACCUGAUUCACUUCUCCAAAUCUGAAAACUGCAAAGACGUUUACAUUGAAAAGCAGAAGGGAGAAAUCCUAGGUGUAGUGAUUGUGGAGUCUGGCUGGGGAUCCAUUUUGCCUACAGUUAUCAUAGCCAACAUGAUGCAUGGAGGACCAGCAGAGAAAUCUGGGAAGCUGAACAUAGGGGACCAGAUCAUGUCAAUCAAUGGGACCAGUUUGGUUGGUUUACCACUCUCGACAUGUCAGAGCAUUAUAAAGGGUUUGAAAAACCAGGCCCGGGUUAAACUGAACAUAGUUCGGUGUCCUCCAGUAACCACAGUCUUGAUCAGGAGACCAGACCUCAGAUAUCAGUUGGGCUUCAGUGUGCAGAAUGGGAUUAUCUGUAGCCUUAUGAGAGGAGGUAUAGCAGAGCGAGGAGGUGUGCGUGUCGGCCAUCGGAUCAUUGAAAUCAAUGGACAGAGUGUUGUAGCAACACCCCAUGAGAAAAUUGUUCACAUUCUCUCAAAUGCUGUUGGUGAGAUUCAUAUGAAGACUAUGCCAGCUGCCAUGUACAGACUGUUGACUGCGCAGGAGCAACCAGUUUACAUCUAAAGCCGACACCUCACCGUCACGAUGUGCAUGGAGGAUGUUUUUCCUCACUAGUGCUUGUCUCUCUAGUGCUGCAUUUCUGUGUCUGCAGAGACGUUUCUUUCUCUCUCUCCCCUUCACCGACACAAACACACUGUCUCUCUCUCCACUCUUCCUUUUUCUACUUCUCCCCACCAUUUUCCUGUAUUUUGGGAACGGGCAAAAUAUAUCUAUGGGACUACUUUGGUUGCAUCUUUUUACAAGUGAAACUUUGGGCAGUUCCACAUGCAAAACAGGAAAAUAACAGCAGCAUUGUUCACAGCAGGAUGCACAAAGAAGAUUGACUCUGCUUCAUGCUACAUAAUCAGUUUUAUUUUUGUGGCUAUAAUUUGACAAACUGCGUAAGUUUAAUGUUGCUGAAUGAAAGAUAUCUUUACCAAACAGAUAAAAGCAUAGGGUGCAAAGUGUUCUCUUGGAUAUCCUGCAUGUGACUUUGCUUUUCCUGCCCUAUUUUCCCACAGGCACUGAGCUCAGCAUUAAA